GCUUCUUUUCAUAUGUUAAAAGCUUUUACACCAAAAGCAUUACAUCAAAAUUUUGAGUAAUUUAAUAUUGAUUUUUAUCAAAAUUUUUAAGUGAUUUUAAGGUUUUUCAAAAAUUAUUUGAAGACAUGCGCGACAAGGCAGCACCUGUGGGGGCCACAUGGUUCACCAAUCUCUCCGACUUCCAGAUCCAGGCCAUUGGUGACCUCUAUUUUGCCAUUCGGGAUGACGAAGCUCAGGGUUCUGUGUACCGCACUCAGUUCUGUUUGAGUCUCCUGGGCAUCACACCGAUGGUGAAGACGCGAAUGCUCCGGAAGCUGAUCUUAGCGUGCCGUUGCAGUGACCUGGCCUUCCUGUACUUCCUACUGGAGGCCUGUUACAAGGGCGCCGGCUUCGAGUACAGCGAACGAAUCAUUAUGUCUGCUAUCACUUACCUGGACCUGGAAAUGACGAUGCGCGAAUUGGACCGCAUCCUGCCGCCGGGCGUGGAGCGGCUCAACCGGAAGCAGCUUCCAAUUCGAACCGGAUCGCAAUCGAUAGCUAAAGAAUUUACAUGUUCACCGCAUUCAAUCCACGUUGUCUCCAAUCAGACGCCCAAGCCGAAACCCAUCCGUUCUCCGUACUUCAUGUCGCUGCCAAAGCCUAAGGUGCGUGCCACCAAUAACUUAGUAAGUCUACCGCCCCGCUUUGUGGUUACCUUUCCCUUCUGGCCGGCGGGGGAGCGCCCCAAUUACAAGGUGAACGAUGAAAGCCGAUGGUUCGCCAAUUACAAGUUCCAGCCGGUGCGGCGAAUGCUCUUCAAGGUGUUGGGCGAUAUCAUGACCGAGUACUGGACCCAGGUGGGUGCGUCAGAUGUGGACAAGGCUGCUCCCUUGUGUUUGUUUCACAAGGAGGCGCAUCGCGAGGAGCAGCUGGUCAAAGACGAGGCUUUGGUGAAAGCUCAUAAACUCUGCCUAUCGCUUGUGGACAUUACAACCCGUGAAAAUGAAGCCUUAAAGAAACGCAUUGUGGCGGAACUGGAUAAGGGUAUCGAGGAUUGCACCUUGCGGUGGCAACGGUUGCGUGGGCGUCAUCUCACGGACGUCAUGCUCCUGGAGGAUCACGACCAGAUGUGUGUCAUGGGCACGGUGCCCACGGCCACUCAGCCGAAUAAGGUGAAGUAUAUGUUCCACGAGGAGGACAUCGCCCUGCUGAAUACGUCGCCUAAGAUGGACGUUCACGUGAUCACUGGCCAAAACACCAUUAAUAAACUGGAGACAGUAAGGAUCUCAGAUCCAGAAGACGACAUUACCUGCCCAAUAGAGCCAAAAGAACAGAAGCCGAAAAGGUGCCCUCCCAGGACUACGGAUCAAAAGAAGCCAUCGCGGCAAGUGUCCAUAACGCCGAAGGCCGUCGACUCAGAGUGUGCACGGAGGAACAGGAAGAACAGGAAGCAGGGACGCUUCUUUGAAGCACAUCGAGAGAAUAGACCAUUUGUAUAUCAUUACCACGAGAUCGCGCCAAAGGAGGAAUAUCUCGCACCAAGGGACGUUAUCCGGCGGCAGAUCAUCCGAUCGCUUAGGCAGUCGGCAGACAGCUGCGCAUCCAGCGAAGAUGGCUACAAUCCACGGAUACAACCGCGGGAGCAGGUAGUGGCCGCAAUUGUUCAGUGUGCAGAAGGUAUGUGGUUCGGAUCUCUGGAGGCGCACCAGCGAAAUCAAAAGUCCAUCAAUUUGAAUCAGAACGAAUCUGACAUACCCUGCAAUAAGCCUGCCAUCCUGACUUGGACCGAGAAAAUAGAGCGCUUUGAUCCAGACAACCUCCAGCAGAUGAAUCGACUGCUCCGGGACGCAUUUACCAUACUUCGCCAGGAUCCGCGGUGCGUCUAUGCCGCCUUUCCCGAUGCCCACAAGUCAACCGUGAUGCUAGAGUGGAUCAAGAGGCGAUACGGCAAGACCUAUAGCCCUAAGGAAAUCAGCCAGGCGGUAGAACAAAGUCUGCCCUUCUUCCACCGUGUGGAUUGCAAGCUGAGGUUUGUACCCAGUGUCGACACUGAAGGCUUCGGCAACACCGCGUUCACCUAUGCGGAGCAUGGUAGCGCUGUGAAACUGGCCAAGAAAUUAAAGUUCAACUACCGCAAGCCGCUCAACGAUAAGAUUCUUGGCGUGGUUCGCUCCUGCUGGAAGGCCAUGAAUCCGCACCUCCUCACGGGCAACUCCAUGUUGAAUAGCUUCUUUGCCUAUCUACCCGUUCGCUAUGCGGAUAUGCUGCGUGUGGAAAAAUAGCGUGUACAAAAUUAAGGAAUGCAAAUAAUUUUACAUAAUAUGAUAUUUAUUUAAAAAAUUUUAAGUAUUGACCAAUUUUUAAAGUUC